UUUGUAGUGUGUGCUUGUUUUUAGUGAAACAGAUAUUAGAAGAGUGAUAGGAAUGUGAAGGAAGAACAGGGGUGGUUUUGAUUAGGAUUGGAAUCGACGAGACAACUUUGGAUGAAUAGAAAGAAAGGAAUGGGGAUGUUGAAAGGCAGCGGAUGGCCGUUGUUGAUGUUAAUGAUGUUGUCGGUGGGGAAAAUGGCGGCAUCAUCGGAAGAGGAAGAAUGCGAGAAUCGAUGGAUACACAUAAGGAAGCUACCUUCAAGAUUCAACCUGGAUCUGCUGGCAAACUGUUCGGAGUAUCCAAUGUUGGACGACCUGUGUCCCUACCUAGGAAACCACGGUCUGGGACAGAAAACCCAUAACCGCUCCCGGAGUUGGUACCGAACCGACCCUUCCAUGCUGGAACUCGUCUUCCACCGUCGGAUGCUGGAGUACCCCUGCCUCACGCAAGAUCCCCUGCGCGCAAAGGCUAUCUAUCUCCCCUACUACGCGGGCCUCGAUGCCCUACGCUACCUCUACGGCUCAGAAUCAAACUUCAGCGCCCUACACGGUCUCCACCUCUUCCAUUUCCUCCAACAAGACAACCCCCAAAUCUGGGCUCGUCACAUGGCCCACGACCACUUCCUCGUCAUGGCCCGCCCCGCCUGGGACUUCUCUCAAUCCCUCACCAACGAUCCUCCCUUCUGGGGCACCUCCUUCCUCGAGUUGCCCCAAUUUUUUAACCUCACCGCCCUCACGCUGGAGGCCCGCGCGUGGCCCUGGCAGGAACACGCCGUUCCCUAUCCCACCUCCUUCCACCCUCUCAACCUCGGACUCCUCGAUUCCUGGAUCACACGGGCCCGCCGCUCCAAGCGCUCCAUCCUCGCGCUAUUCGCCGGCGGUGGAGGCGGAGGCGGAUCCUCGUCGCCCAACAUCCGUCGGAGCAUACGCAGCGAGUGUGAGAACGCCACCUCGGACCCCUCUUACGAGAAGUUGUGCGAGAUCGUGGACUGCUCCAACGGGGUUUGCGAGCACGACCCUGUUCGGUUUAUGCGGCCCAUGCUGCAGGCGAGUUUCUGCUUGCAGCCUCCCGGGGACACCCCCACCCGCCGGUCCACGUUCGACUCGAUACUGGCGGGGUGUAUACCGGUUUUCUUUGAGGAUCUUUCGGCCAAGUCGCAGUAUGGGUGGCAUCUGCCCGAGAACGAGUUUGAGGAUUUCUCUGUGUUUAUUCCGAAGGAGGAGGUUGUGUUCAAGGGGUUGAGGAUUUUGAACGUCUUGCAACGGAUACCUAGGUCUAAGGUUAGGAGCUUGCGGCAAAGGGUUUUGGCGUUGAUACCAAAUGUCUUGUACAGGAAGCAUGAUAGUUCUCCCGGUCUCAAAGCUAAGAAGGAUGCAUUUGAUUUGGCCAUUGAUGGUACAUUGGAUAAGAUUCGAUCCAGGGUCCAGGAACUUCAUUCUGUUAUCUGAAUCUAAUCGUGAUUUUCUUUUUGUUUCUUUCCUUAUAGGCUCCUAGUUAUUAGUUUAAGGUGUACCUUUUUGACCAAUAAUCAAUAGAACUUCACACAAAAGAUUAGUUUCUGGCACCUGUGCACCGAAUUGUGACAGCGCAUCUACAAAUUAUGUGUCACCAACAUUUGGUUGUCUUUGGAAGUUUCUUAUUCAACUUCAGACCUGGGAAAUGUUGGACUAGUGAUAAGGAAUAGGUGUUUUCGAAGUCUUGUCGAGUUAACUUGUAUGGAUCAGCUAGAAUUAAUGAUCCACAAGGCUUUCAUCACAAUUCUAUACUGUACAGUACAUGUUAUAUUGUAUAACGAUCCUCGGGAAUUGAAUUGGUAAUCCUGUUUAUUAUGAUCAUUUAAAUUAUUAACAGAAAUCUGUCUUAUAACAAUGUUGGAGCCAUGCACUUGGAGCUUCCAUAUCACCUUGUUCUUUUGUGUUAUAGAAGAAAUUGAAAGUUGACCUUGACUAGAACCAGUGCUGGGGUCAUACUUUCUAAGCAACAAGGCACUUGUUUACAAAUUGAUAAUUGUUUUGUUAUUUUCCAUUCACCAAAGCUUUUUCGACUAGACCAUCUGCACAAUCUUAUGUUCUGUUCUAUCGCUCUGCUGCAUUGUUGCUUUUGCAAUGAAAUUUACUUCGAAAAAGUCUGAGGUGCUGAUUGCUGACAUUCAAUCCUUUCCUCUAUUCCACUGUAAGUUUCUUUAACUACUGCACGCAAAAUGGCAAGAUGCAUUUCUUGCUCAGGGAAAAAGAAAAUUACUGAAAUUACCUUUCAGUUUACGUCCUUUUCUUUUGUGCUACAAUUCAUGAACUCUGUUUGGUGCCUCUGUUCUGAAGCCUUUUCACUCAACAUCAAUGCCCUCAUUCCAUCAGAAUAUUUUGGUCCAGAACGAAUCCAUCACGGUGAAAGCACAAUCCAUGCAAGGUUACUUUUAAGCAGUUGCGAUAGAGUAUCAAUAUAUAAACCGUUUUUUAAUUGUGGAAACUCUUCUUUUCAUGAUUUUACUUUGUCAUGCGCACCUCCUCGUGCAGCCUUUCUGUGUUGUGGUCCAUUGGAUUAUAUUUUCUCCAAUUUAUAAUUUCAUUACAAUUCACUGUUGUCAGGGUCUGAACUGUGAAGGCAUCAGCAACCAGGCUUAAAGGUGUUGAUGUUUAACUCGUUUCCAAUUUUGAAUAUUUGGAAUUAUUGUUGUAUUUGGGCUCGUUUUACAGAUUGUGUAAUAGGCAGAUUAUCACACAGGAAUGUCAGAGCAGAAGGAAAACUGUAACAAAAAUGAGUUCGGUGCUUUAGGUAAAUGUCAUAAGCCAUCUCAUGGUAUAAGGUGUUAGUAUACUGUUGAAACAUGAUGAUUUAUGAUACUGAUGGAUCCUCUGAAGUUUAACAAUAAACUGCUGCUGGUGCAGUUGGAUCCAAGCAUUUCCCCUCGUAGUGUUUGUUCCAUUAUUUGUAGUUUUCUUUAAUAUUUUAAGGGUCAGGAUGCGUGCAGUUUAAUAGUCUGUGCCACUUUCUAAAUCGUGCUGCACAAACAUUAGCACAACAGUUUAAGAAAUUAUUUAUCUGGGUUGGGGAAUCUAUUCUAGUUGCAGAUUUUGCAGCAUGGAUGAAGAUUCUCUUCUGUUACUUAACGGUGGGUCAUGGAAGGAGAAAAACAGAAAUGCUUAUGCACACUUAUAAUUUGCUUUUGGUCGCUGUUAUCUAAUGAUACUUUGUAGAGUGACAAUGCGACAAAUGCAAUGUCAUACUAUCAUUAUCA